AACAUUUAUAUCAAUAGGAUAUAGACUAUUCGCAAACAUUCGCCAAAACAAAGAGUAAAACCAUAACUAAGUUGCAUUUCAAACAUUUUGUUUUGGAAAGUAUAGACAGGAAAUGCUCUUAUUUUGUACGUUGGAGGGCUUGACGUUGGUAAAACAAGCCGAAGACCAGGCAGGCAGGCAGACAGACAAGACUUAUGGGAUGAGAACAGAUGAGUGUGACCCAGUGUUUCCAGCUACUGACAGUUUAUUGUGGCGAAGCAGACACGCAGAAGGAUCCGCAGAGCUCAUGUAGACCAGCAGGCAGACUAACCACCGGGACACGAGAGCGCUGCGCUGCGGGGGUCUGGAAAAUGGGAGCGGUGAAGUGAAAAACGGCCAAAAAGCUGACUGUCUGGAUGAAAGGCACCAAAGUAAGUUACUCGGAACAUCGGCUAGCGAGAAGUUCUGAAAAGCAUAAUGGCACUCAUUCUGUGGCUUGGCCUGUCGCUGCUGACCUUAGUCCAGUCCAACGCUGUCAAGAACUGCCACCAUGGUUGUCGCUGUGAGGUGGAAAGCUUUGGCCUGUUUGACAGCUUCAGCCUGACCAGGGUGGACUGCCGAGGGUUGGGACCCGCCACCACCAUGCCCAUCCCCAUCCCACUGGACACUGCCCAUCUAGACCUGUCCUCCAAUGCCAUGGGCCCGCUCAGUGACACCAUGUUAGCUGGUCCAGGCUACACCACCCUCGUAAGCUUGGACCUCAGCAGCAACCUUAUAACAAAGAUAACACCAAAUGCUUUGUCCAAGCUGCGUUACCUGGAGUCUCUGGAUCUGAGCCACAACAACCUGGAGAGCCUCUCCCCGAGCUGCUUCUCCAGCCUCCCUCUGGCUGAAGUUGACCUCAGCCACAACAGCUUCCAAGAGUUCGACAUGGAUGUGUUUGCCACUAAAAUUAAUGGUCAACCUGUCAGCGUGGAUCUGUCUCAUAACAAGCUUGUGUCAGUCUCCACGACUUUGCACGGCAGAGUGAUACACAUUCAAAGCUUAAAUCUGUCAGCAAACCGGCUGUUGAGCAUACCGAGGCUGGCAGGACUUCCUCUGAGGUACCUCAAUCUGGAUGGUAACCCCAUCACACAGAUCAAGGAGGGAGCUUUUGCUCAGCUGAAAGAUCUGGGUUAUUUAUCCAUCAGUGGCCUCCAUGAGCUUCAGGAGAUUGAGCCGUACAGCUUUAAGGGCCUCCAGAACCUGCAAGUUCUGGAUCUCUCAAACAACCCCAAGCUCAAGACUCUGAGCCCUGUGGUUUUCAGCGGACUAGACUCCCUGCAAGAGCUGAAUUUUUCUGGCUCUGGUGUAGUGUCCUUGCCAAAUAACAUGCUGACCCACCUGCCCAGUAUUAAGAGUAUUACACUGGGACAAAGCAUCCACUGCUGGAGGACCCAGAAACAGGGUCAGUUUCACCGGCAGCUGGGUCAGGUCCAACACAACAAGGUGCUGAACUGUAAUGUGGAGGGCAUCGUGCUGUGAAACAGUGACUGUAGAAAUGGACCACUCCUUAAGGAGCCAGUGUACUCCUUCAGAAGUGCUUGUCGGGUGGUUGAAUGGCUUCUGAAACCCCCUCUCCCCACACCUUUUCUACGUUGAAUAUUACUAUUAACACUUUUGAUUUCCAGCAUGGCCAAAUAACCAUCAUACAACCAAGUUCUGAUAGACCACACCCUGGCCCUUACAAUCCUGAUGCCAGAGCUGUGCCUUAUCUGCUUUGAUAUGCAAAACUCUUUUUUGUCUUCCUUUCACCCAAUUACCUCUGUUCCAAGGUGAGCCUUUGGAAUAUGUCUUAAAGGUUUAAAGUAUCCUUCAUGAGCUCUGAGCACAGAAAUAUCAUAAAUGCUGUACCUUUUAGAAAAACAAUGACAAAAUGUACAGCAUUCUACAUAGUACACAUACAUUUAUUUUACAUCUUAACAUGAAGCCUCAACUGGUAGAGAACCAUUACUGAAUCAAACCAAAACUUUUAAGUAAUAUUCUUUAUGUACUUCAUUUACAGUGGGACCAUAGUAAGAGCUAUUUGCACUUAUUCCAGUUGCAAUGGUUUGUUUUUUUUAAAUAAUGCACUUGAAAUAUGGCCUAAAUUUCAUCCAGUACAAUACACCUUAUGUGCAUUGCUCAUAAUAUCCACACUGAAGAGUAUUUUACAACUGUUGACCACUAAGAUGUUUUAUUUGACUUUGAAUGUGAUGCUUUAUUGAAACUAUUAAAGGGACAGUUAGACA